AUGUGGAACAGACAUUUUGUCUUCUGUCUCCUGCUUUUGCCAGCUUUUAUGAGUCAAACAGCAUAUGGACAAAGAAAGAAAGGACCAAAGCCAAAUUUACUUGCAAGGAAAUAUGACCUCCAGGACUCCGUUUGCUUCAUAGAUAUUGUCUUCAUCGUGGACAGCUCUGAAAGUUCUAAAAUUGUUCUCUUUGAUAAACAGAAAGAUUUUGUGGAUAGCUUGAGUGACAAGAUUUUCCAAAUGACUCCGGGUCGGUCUUUGAAAUAUGACAUCAAACUGGCAGCCCUUCAGUUUAGCAGCUCUGUUCAAAUCGAUCCAACUUUUUCUUCUUGGAAGGACCUUCAGACUUUUAAGCAGAGGACCAAGUCUAUGAAUUUAAUUGGGCAAGGUACCUUCUCUUAUUAUGCCAUCUCCAAUGCCACUAGACUACUUAAGAGAGAAGGGCGUAAGGGUGGUGUGAAAGUGGCUUUGCUGAUGACUGAUGGCAUCGACCAUCCAAAGAAUCCAGAUGUUCGAAGUAUUUCUGAAGAUGCCAGGAUUUCAGGAAUAUCAUUUAUCACCAUUGGACUUUCCGAUGUAGUCAAUGAAGCCAAACUUCGUUUGAUAUCUGGGGAUUCAUCCAGUGAACCCAUUCUACUGUUGAGUGAUCCGGCCCUUGCAGAUAAAAUUCACGAUCACCUGGAUACCUUAUUUGAAAAGAAGUGUGAACGCAAGAUCUGUGAAUGUGAGAAGGGGGAUCCAGGCGACCCAGGGCCUCCUGGUACACAUGGAAACCCAGGUAUUAAAGGUGAGCGAGGACAAAAAGGAAACCCGGGUGAUGCUCAAAAAGGAGAAACUGGAGAAAGAGGUCCAGGGGGAAUUCCUGGGUAUAAGGGUGACAAGGGUGAACGCGGGGAAUGUGGUAAACCAGGAAUAAAAGGUGACAAAGGAUCCCCAGGGCCAUAUGGACCAAAGGGACCCAGAGGACUUCAGGGCAUUAGUGGACCUCCAGGGGAUCCAGGCCCUAAGGGAUUUCAAGGCAAUAAGGGUGAGCCAGGUCCUCCUGGUCCUUAUGGUCCUCCGGGAGCUCCUGGGAUUGGACAGCAAGGCAUUAAGGGAGAGAGAGGCCAAGAAGGAAGACUAGGUGCUCCGGGACCAAUUGGAGUUGGUGAGCCUGGACAGCCAGGUCCCCGUGGUCCUGAGGGAGCACCAGGAGAGAGGGGCUUACCUGGAGAAGGAUUUCCAGGACCAAAGGGUGAAAAAGGUUCUGAGGGACCAAUUGGCCCACAAGGAUUACAAGGCCUGUCAAUCAAAGGGGACAAGGGGGAUUUAGGACCUGUGGGGCCCCAAGGACCAAUGGGCAUGCCCGGAAUUGGGAGUCAAGGGGAACAGGGAAUCCAAGGUCCUGUCGGUCCACCUGGUCCACAAGGGCCCCCAGGACAAGGCUCACCUGGUUCCAAGGGAGAAGUAGGCCAAAUGGGACCUACAGGCCCUAGAGGACCAGUGGGAGUUGGAAUACAAGGUCCAAAGGGGGAGCCAGGCUCAAUAGGGCUCCCAGGACAACCAGGAGUACCAGGAGAAGAUGGAGCUGCAGGGAAGAAGGGAGAAGCAGGGCUUCCAGGAACAAGAGGGCCAGAAGGACCGCCUGGAAAAGGACAGCCUGGCUCCAAGUGGUCUUUGAAACAGAGUAGUAAGUAUUUUGUUCUUUUUAAGGGUGAACCAGGCAUUAUGGGCCCUUUUGGAAUGCCUGGAGCAUCAAUUCCUGGACCACCUGGGCCAAAGGGAGAUAGAGGAGGACCUGGGAUACCUGGAUUUAAAGGAGAACCUGGACUUUCUAUUCGAGGACCAAAGGGUGUCCAAGGCCCUCGGGGACCAGUGGGUGCUCCAGGACUCAAAGGCGACGGCUAUCCUGGUGUGGCUGGGCCUCGAGGAUUACCAGGACCCCCAGGACCAAUGGGUUUACGUGGAGUGGGAGACACUGGAGCAAAGGGAGAGCCUGGGGUUAGAGGCCCUCCGGGUCCUUCUGGGCCUCGGGGUAUAGGAACCCAAGGGCCAAAGGGCGAUAUUGGGCAGAAAGGCUUGCCUGGCCCUCCUGGACCCGCCGGCUAUGGAUCACAAGGAAUUAAAGGGGAACAGGGACCUCGAGGCUUUCCAGGGCCAAAGGGCACCACAGGCGUUGGCCUCCCAGGCCAGAAGGGAGAGCAUGGAGAACAGGGCGAUGUGGGAAAGAAAGGUGAUAAAGGGGAAAUCGGAGAGCCCGGAGCCCCAGGAAUGCAGGGGUUACAAGGACCAAAAGGAGACCAAGGACUUACAAAAGAAGAAAUUAUCAAACUUAUUACUGAAAUAUGUGGUUGUGGGCCCAAAUGCAAAGAGACGCCGCUAGAGCUGCUGUUUGUGAUCGACAGCUCAGAAAGUGUGGGGCCAGAGAACUUCCAGAUCAUCAAAAAUUUUGUGAAGACUCUGGCUGACCGGGUUGCUGUGGACCUUGCCACGGCCCGCAUAGGCAUAAUCAACUACAGCCAUAAGGUGGAGAAGGUGGCCAAUUUGAAGCAGUUCUCCAGCAAGGAUGACUUCAAGCUUGCUGUGGACAACAUGCAGUAUCUGGGAGAAGGCACCUACACAGCCACUGCUCUCCAAGCAGCCAAUGACAUGUUUGAGGACGCGAGGCCAGGUGUAAAGAAGGUGGCUUUGGUCAUCACUGAUGGACAGACUGAUUCCCGAGAUAAAAAGAAACUGACGGAAGCGGUGAAGAAUGCCAGUGACGCCAAUGUGGAGAUAUUUGUCAUUGGGGUGGUGAAGAAAAACGACCCCAACUUUGAAAUAUUCCUCAAAGAAAUGAUUCUAAUUGCUACUGACCCAGAGCAUGUUUAUCAAUUUGAUGACUUCUUUACCCUGCAAGAUACCCUGAAGAAAAAAUUGUUUACAAAAAUUUGUGAGGAUUUUGAUUCCUAUCUCGUUCAAAUUUUUGGUUCAUCAUCACGUCAACCUGGACUUGGGAUAUCAGAGGCAGAACUUGGUGAACCUACUCCAGAGCCUCAAAAAGAAACUUCUGAGUCACCCAGUGUCCCUGGAGAGCAGGAUGAAGAGAAUGAGCCUCCAGAGCCUACCUGGAUUGAUGGCCUGUUUGCUACUCUCCCAUCCGAGGCUGCCACCACCUACGGGCCAGUGCUGAGCACCCCUGAGGGUAGGGCAGAGGAUCCUAGAUGUUUGGAAGCUUUGAAACCUGGAAACUGUGGUGAAUAUGUGGUUCGAUGGUAUUAUGACAAACAGGUCAACUCUUGUGCCCGCUUUUGGUUCAGUGGCUGUAACGGCUCAGGAAAUAGAUUCAACAGUGAAAAGGAAUGUCAAGAAAUCUGCAUUCAAGGAUGAGCAAGUCUGUGACCCACAGUCAAGUUCAAGAGUGCAAAAAAGAGCACUCAGGGAAGGAGAUGGAAAAAUAGCCAUCUCAACAGAAAUAAUAUUACAAGUUUUUGUGGUUUAAUUAAAAUUUUAUUAUGUAAUAUUUGUUACUACGAAAG